UUUUUUUUUAAACUCAGCUCGCCGACGUCACAGCAUCGUAAACAUCAGUGUUUCCGUCUGGUUUCCGUAUUCUCUUCCAUCCACAUAAUCUACCUUUCUCUAUCUAGCUAACGUUAGCUGAGAACAGUAACACGAUGAGUAGUGAAACAUACCCCAGGUCUUCUAUUGAAGACGACUUCAACUAUGGCACGAAUGUUGCUACCGCCAGUGUCCAGAUACGUAUGGACUUCCUCAGGAAGGUGUACACCCUGCUGAGCUUGCAGAUCAUUCUGACCACAGCCACCUCGGCCCUCUUCAUGUUCUCUCAACCCAUCAAGGAGUUUGUCCACACCAGUCCUGCUGUGGUGUUGGUUUCGGCUCUGGGCUCUCUGGUUCUCCUGCUGGCCCUGGCCGUGUACAGACACCAACAUCCAGUCAACCUCUACCUGCUGCUCGUAUUUACUCUGCUGGAAGCAGUUUCUGUGGCCACAGCUCUGACCUUCUAUGAAUACUCCACCGUACUGCAAGCCUUGUUCCUGACCUGUGCUGUGUUUGCUGGACUGACGGUCUACACCUUCCAGUCCAAGAGAGACUUCAGCAAAAUGGGAGCAGGGCUGUUCGCCUGCCUGUGGAUCCUUCUCAUUGCCAGCUUCAUGAGGCUCUUCUUCAACAGUGACGGCACAGAGCUGGUCAUGGCCGGAGCCGGGGCCCUGGUCUUCUGUGGCUUCAUCAUCUACGACACCCACCUGCUGAUGAAGCAGCUCUCUCCCGAGGAGCACAUCCUGGCCUCCAUCAACCUCUACCUGGACAUUGUCAACCUCUUCCUGCACAUCCUGCGUCUCCUGGACUCCAUGAAGAAGCACUGAAGGCCGUAGGGCCACUCCAGACUCGGCUCACAGAUCCGCCCGUGCUGUGAUUACCCAGGGUUCAUGUGAGUUUCUGUCCUGAAGUGUACCAAAAGUGGGCUGUACCGAAUGUUCACCUUAUUCUCCCAUAUUUUAGACGUCAUCGCACCUAAAUAAAACUCCUCAAUUAGAAUAAAGUGAGUCACCAGAUUAAAUAAAUUGGUCUUUUUUUUAAAUCAAAUCAAUAUUGUCUUUUUUUUGUAAAAAAAAAAAGACAAUAAAAUAGUAGUUAAAAUAGUGUUAGAGCUGAAAUAGUUUUUAUGAUUGCUGCGUUGUUGUUGCCUGUGCGGCAGGCAGGAGAGCUAACAGUUUUGUGGCUGCAGUGAAAAUGUUGUUUUUGAAAGGCUGUAAAAGCCAACAAAUAUGGAUUGACGCAGAAUAUUUAGUCGGAUAACUACAUGUUUCCAACGCUCUGGAGUGGGAAUGUUUGGAUAACACGAGUCAGAAACACUCCUAUGCAGCCACUACUAGAAUCUAAUUCUGCAAAUAGUCCAGCCAGGCUAAUACUAAUAAUAUUAGUGUAGUCUUACCGUUAUCAGGUUUAAACCGAAUGAAUAGACAUGCCA